UCUUGAUCUGUGUGAAAACGAAGCGGUACAAAUGAUAAUGCUGCAGGAUUUCAUAAUUGUAUCCUUCUCAGCAGCAGCACUGCAGGUGCUCUCCAUGUCCAAAAUGUGCGUAAGCCAGGUCCUUAGUCAACUUAAAGUUGUGCACAUUUUUUUGCUGAGUUUUCUUUCAUAAAUCCCAACGUUUGCGUGGAAAGUUGCUUACGCAGUUUUCCACCCCUGUUUUGUGCGUAAGCAAGCUUGAUAAAUGUUUAUGUAUUUAGCAGACGCUUUUGUCCAAAGCGACUUACAAGUGAUAAUCGGCAUGUUGCCCUUGAGGCUAACAACAACAAUAACAACAACAUCUUGACAUCAGUCAUGGAGAGUAGGGAACAAGUAGUGGACAGUAGAGAGGGGGACGGGUGCAGGCAGGGUGCUAGUUUAGAAGAUGCUCUCUGAAGAGCAGGGUCUUCAAGAGUUUCUUGAAAAUUGAGAAAGAAGCCGCUGUUCUGGUAGUGCUUGGUAGGUCAUUCCACAUUUGUGGAACGAUGCAUGAGAAUAGUCUGGAUUGUCCUGAGCGUGGUGUAGGCACUGCUAGCCGACGAUCCUGUGAUGACCGGAGCGGCCGGGCCGAGACGUAAGCCUUUGCAAGAGGAUUCAGGUAGAUGGGAGCCGUACCAUCUCGGACUUUGUAUGCUAGUGUUAGCAAUUUGAAUUUGAUGCGUGCUGCUAGCGGUAGCCAGUGGAGCUCAAUGAACAGAGGGGUGACAUGUGCUCUUUUAGGUUGAUUGAAGACCAGAUGCACUGCUGCGUUCUGGACCAUUUGAAGAGGUCUCACAGUACAGGCUGGAAGACCAGUUAGAAGGGCAUAGCAGUAAUCGAGAUGGGAGAUGACAGUAGAUUGCACCAAGAGCUGGGUGGCAUGUUGUGUUAGGCAUGGUCUGAUCUUUCGUAUGUUAUACAGCGCAAAGCGGCAUGAACGGGCAACAGAUGCAACAUGAUCUUUAAAGGUCAGGUGUUCAUCAAUCACAACACCCAGAUUUCGAACUGCCUUUGAAGGAGCCAGAGAUAGGAAGUCAUUCUGGAUUGAGAUGUGCUGUAUGGAUGGUUUUGCUGGGAUGACAAGUAAUUCAGUUUAAGAGAGAUUGAUUUGGAGAUGGUGGGAUUUCAUCCAUUUUGAUAUGUCAGAGAGACAGUUUGAUAUUCGUGCAGAGACAGUGUGGUCGUCCGGUGGAAAUGACAGAUAGAGCUGGGUGUCGUCUGCAUAGCAGUGGUAGGAGAAUCCAUGUGAUUGAAUGAUCUCACCCAGUGAGGUGGUGCAUAUGUCAAAGAGAAGAGGUCCUAGUACAGAGCCCUGGAGGACUCCUGUGGCAAGAUGGUGUACGGUAGAGGAUUGUCCAAGCCAAGAUACACUGAAUGUUCGUCCUGGGAGGUACGAUUCAAACCAGGCGUAUGCUUUCUCUGUGAUGCCCAUGGUAGAGAGUGUGGACAAAAGGAAGCCAUGGUCGACAGUGUCAAUUGCAGCUGAUAAGUCGAGCAGGAUAAGCACUGAGGAUUUGGCAGUCACUCAAGCUUCUUUUAAGGAUUCAGUCACUGCUAACAGAGCAGUUUCAGUGGAGUGGCCCUUUUUGAACCCAGAUUGAUAAGGGUCAAGCAGACAGUUUUGUGAGAGGUAUUCUGUGAUCUGCUUGAAUGCCACCCUUUCAAUGAUUUUGGACAGAAAAGGGAGGAGAGAGAUAGGUCGGUAGUUCUCCACAUGAUUAGGAGGAAGAGAUGUUUUCUUUUAGCAACGGUUUAACCUGAGCAUGCUUGAGAGAGAUGGGAAAUGUACCGGAUGUCAGUGAAGCGUUGAUCAAAUGUGUGACUGCUGCGGCUACUGUAGGAGCAAUAGCUUGGAGCAGCUUAGUCGGAAUGGGGUCAAGUGGGCAUGUAGUAGGGCGGCUGCACGUGAGAAGCUUGGACACACAGUUCUCAGUGACAGGGGAAAAAGAGGAAAAUGAAGCAGUAGGGCCUGAGAUGGUUGGGCUUGAAGGAGUUUGUGGUAGUGAAUGUUCAGGAGUGGCCAGUUGAGUAAACUGUUUGCUUAUAGCUGCCACUUUGUCAGUGAAGAAUGAGGCAAAGGUUUUAGCUGAUAGAUUGUUGGUAGGAGGUGGAGAUGGAGGGGCGAGCAGAGUUUUGAAUGUUGAAAAUAGUUUCUGAGAGUCAGUAGAGCUGAGAAUUUUGUCAGGAUAGAAAGUUUUCUUUGCAUCAGUGAUGCUGGCAGAGAAUGAGGACAGUAAUUCCUGAAAUUUCAAUAGAUCACCAGGAUCUCUUGUUUUGCGCCAUUUCCGUUCCGCAGCUCUAAGAUUGGUGCGUAGAGACCGGACGGUAUCAUUUAGCCAAGGGUGCGACUGAGAGGAUCUAGCAGGUCUAGUGGCUAAAGGGAACAAGUUAUCAAGACAAGAGCAGAGUGUGGAGCAGAGUGACUCGGUGGCUUCAUUCACUUCAUAAGCAGAGAAUGUGCUGGGAGAUGGAAGUGUGGAGGCAACAAGAGAGGAGAAGUAGUUGGGUGCCAGAUUGCGGAGGUUGCGGCGGAAUGAGACCGUUGGGGAGGAAGCAGUGGACCCCCUUGUAGAGUCAUGCUGAAAUGGAUGAAGUAAUGAUCCGAAAGAUGCAUCGGUGGGACAGAGAUUGUGUCUAUGGCACAGUUUCUGGUGAAAAUGAGGUCGAGUGCUUUUCCAGCUUUGUGAGUUGGAGGGCUUUGUACUAGUUUUAGAUGGAAUGAUGACAUUAGUGACAGGAAGCCUGAUGAGCUGGGAUUGUCCAGGUGAAUAUUCAUGUCUCCAAGGACCAUUGUGGGACAGUCGUGCUCGGAAAUGGAGGAGAGCAGGGUGUCGAGUUCAUCAAGAAAGUCUCUGAAGUGACCUGGUUGGCGAUAUAUGACAACCAAAAAGAAUUUUUUCGGUACAGUUACCUGGAUGGCAUGGUAUUCAAAGGAGUUGUAUUUAGUGAUUGGUAGCAACUGACUGUAUAUCCAUUUGUUGGAAAUUAACAUGCCCGUUCCACCACCUCGGCCAGAUGCAUGAGAAGUGUGAGAAAGUGUGGUUAACUGAGAGAGCAGAUGGGGUAGCAUUGUCACAUGGUUUGAUCCAGGUCUCAGUGAGAGCCAGUGCAUCGAGUGACAGGUGGUUUGCAUAUGCGGUAAUGAAGUCAGCUUUGUUUACAGCUGAUUGGCCGUUCCACAGUCCCAUGGACAGGUGGAUGUCUUCGGGGAGAGUUGGUUUUAUCGAGCGGAGGUUUUGAAGGUUGCGAAAGCGGUUUGCUGUGUGUGACCUUCCUCUGAUGCUAGUGAUCACAGGUAUAGGAUAAUGGCACAUUUUGCUAGGUGUUGAUGGAGCAGCGUCUGGGUCAAGUUUGUUUGCUCUGUGGACACGCGCAGGUAGACACGUAUGUCUUUACCCCGGAGUGUAUUCACACCGGAGGGGCUGAGACACAAGGUCUGACGCUUCAGUUAUGCCACCAAACUUAUGCUGUGCUACUAGUUGGAAACAGGUGUUCAUGCAGCACCUGACUGCAAUGUUUGAGACCUAGAUCACCUGAUGAGUGCUUUCAGGGAGGGCAGAAACAGCUCGUUUACAGCCUCUGAUUGCACUUAUUGUUUUCAACUGGCCCAAACCGGAGCUACUAGACAACAGGAUAACCCACAGAUGAGUUUCCUUCUCUUUUCCCAAUGGAAGAUAGUGCAAAGCAAAAGUUUAAGAAGACAAAAACUGGCACAGGGUAUCCGCGGGUCCUUAAAAAGUCUUAAAUUAGCUUUUCCAAAUUUAAGGCCUUAAAAGUCCUUAAAAAUGACAAAUAAUCCUUAAAUACAGUUUCCAAAGGUCUUACAUUACCAAAGACCCAAUAAACAAGAUUCUUUUAUUCUAUAAAAUGUUCGUGAAUUUCUAGUUAGUGUUCAGCUUUUUUUGUGUGUGAUAUUGGCGUAAGCGGAAACGUACACAUUCAGUUGGUUGUGGAAAGGUGGGGGGGGCUAUUUUUAGAUGAGCACAUUAGCUGUUUAAGCUAGCGGGAGCUUGCGCCAUGGGGAAGUGCAAGUUUAAUGUUAACUGGAUGGCUAAUCCCACGUUCGCGACGUGGUUAGCGCCGGUUCCGGGCAAUAACUGCGAGGCCCGCUGUACUCUGUGCAAAAAGCUCUUUAAACUCGGUUCCAUGGGAGUUAAAGCUGUGGAGUCGCAUAUGCACAGCGAGAAGCACAAAGCCGCAGCCAAAACCCGCGAACAGACGAAUGCGAUUUCUCAGUUCUGCACCGUGUCACCGGUUUCCCCGGCUUCAGAAUCUCCGAACUCAGCAGCGACUGCAUCAGCAUCGGACCUCAGGGGGAUUUUUGGAUCCACUGCAACUCUUCAGGCAGAGGUACUGUGGUGCCUGCACAGCGUAACAAGACACCAAUCCUACGGCGCUAAUGAGGGAGUCGGAGAUAUAUUUAGAGCUAUGUUUCCCGACUCAGAAAUUGCUAAAAACUUUACGUGUGGUAAAGACAAAACCGCAUAUGUAGUCAUAUUUGGUUUGGCUCCCCACAUCAUCAAACUCCUUAUGGCCGAUGUCAACAGAGGCAGUUUUACUUUGAUGUUUGAUGAAACCCUCAACCAGAUGACCAAAACAAAGCAAAUGGAUCUGCAUGUUCGUUACUGGAAAGAGGAUCGAGUCCAGUCCAGGUACCUAGGAUCACAGUUCAUGGGCCAUGGAACAGCUAAGGAUUUACUACACCACUUUAAAGAAUGCUCUCAGCAGCUGGAUUUGAAAAAGCUGCUUUCAGUCUCCAUGGAUGGGCCAAAUGUAAACUGGAAGUUUUUGGAGUUGCUUCAAGAAGAACUGCGUGAGCAGUAUGAGGGGAGACAGCUGAUUGUGGUUGGGAGCUGUGGCCUUCACACUCUACAUAAUGCCUGCAAAAGUGGUUUCUCUGUGUGGCAGCUAGAGAAAGUUUUGAAAGCCAUGCAUGUUCUCUUCCAUAAUGUGCCAGCUAGGAGAGAGGACUUCAUAACUUUGACAGCUUCUGCAAAGUUUCCACUUGCAUUCUGUAGCCACCGAUGGCUUGAAAACUUACCAGUAGCAGAGAGAGCCUUGGAGUGAGGUCCACGUGGCAGGGGUGAGGUGGUGCUCACUUCUCACCCCUGCCACAUGGACCCAAGGGAUAAACAAUCAACCCUGCUCAAUGGUCAACUUUCCUUGCGGGGUCACACCCAUUAGGAUAGUGGGAGGGUUAAUUCAAUAGUGAUGAAUAUUGUUGGCUGUUAUAAUGGGUAACUUGGUCUUAUUACAUUCCAUUCUGUCAGGAACUUCAGCAACAAAAAAAAGAUAGGGGAGCUUACUGUCCUGGAGUUCAGGAAAGACUGCAUCAAGAUGCUGUCCACCAUCAUUCAGAAAGUGCAAGACAAGAGUCUAUUAAAGUACCCCCCUGUUAGGCAGGUUGCCUGUUUGGAUCCCAGGAGAAUGUAUUCUGACCCAGACUGGUGCCAGAAAAACAUGACUAACCUGGUGCAGAGGUUUCUGCAAAACCAGCAGUUAUCAGGAGGUGUCUCUGCUGGUAGGAGAGAAUACAGCAGUUCAGUUUGUUUAUGUAAAAAUAUAUGAAGAAAAUUAAUUUUGCAGAUACAUGUUAAAUAUAUCAGACAUAAGGUGCAAUCAGUCUCACAAAAACUCUUGCUUGCAGCUUUAAUGUAUACAAUCAAAAUACAUCAAGUCAUUUUUUUAUCACUGUGUUUUUUUUUGCAGGUGAUGUAAUUGUCCAGCAGUUUACUGAGGUCUUAUCAGUUGGAGCGAGAAGUGAGACCUUUCUCUCCUACAGACCCACAGAGUGUAGACUGGAUGUAUUUCUCAAUGGCGUCCUGAGCCAAUGCUAUCAGGAGCUAUUGGAGUUUAGCAAGAAACUACUACUUCUGUCCCAUGGACAAGCAACAGUAGAGAGAGGAUUCUCUGUAAACAAAGAGGUGGAGACCUACAAUAUGCAGGAAGACACAAUGAUUGCUCAGCGACUGGUCUGUGAUUAUGUCACUGUCUCUG